CCCCGACCGUUAGUUUGCGCAGGUGGCGCUCUGAGACGCACGUAUGCGUUGCGCUGCGAGCCAAAACGUGCAUUGACAGUCAAAUUAACAUUUAUUUUACAAAUAUUAAUUAAAAACUAUAAAACAUACAUAAACAAAUACAGUGUGCCUGUGAAUUAACAAGGAGUAAAGUGUUCAAGUUCGAAAUUAAUAGAAAUAAAAUAGUUAUACAAAAAUCGAUUGUAAAAAGCGACUUUUCUUUAUUUUCUGGUCGGUUUUCUCGUUGUAAACCGUCUUGGAGGUAUCGUGGGUGUUGUAAGUUUUGCAACAAGUGCAGUUGGCUAGUGUCGUGAACAGGUUUUCGGGGACCGUUGGCUUUUUUGUUGUUUAUGUACAUUUAGCUGUGUUGUUUUGCGAGUUGCGAGUGUGUGCGGUGAGCGGGCGCCCGGCGAUGCUGCAAUCCCGUGCAAGAGGCUCAGGCUAACCUGUCAUCUUUGCAUGAUAUCAGACUCGGCGGUGGUGUUCGGGCUGGUUUGCCGAAUGAUGUGUGGAUCGAGGCACCCGACAUGGCUGCGCUCUCCUGCUACCAGCCGUGCCGGUCGCACCUCGCGCAGCCCGCUAGGUGCCUAGACGAAGAGGAGGAGCGGUUGGCGUCGGCAACCCUCUCCCUGCGGCGUCGGCAAUUCGUGGAGAGAUGCCACGAGCCGCGCCCGCGCCCCGCCAUACCUGAAGUCUCCGUCAAGCGGACGCGCGAAGAGCUAGCGAAGCAUGCGGCACAAAACCUUGUGAACCGCCGGCUCAAUGUGGAGUCGGGCUGGUCCAAGGUCGAGGAAGUGAGGAAGAAGUUCGAGAGGGCAGCGGCUGAACCCUCCUACUCCAGGUCCUUCGAGUCGCCGCCCAGACGGCGUCUAGCAGACUCGCUGUUCGCGAGCUUCAAGCUGCCCCGCAAGAAGGACGCCAUGCUGACGCCGCGCGCCCCCGCGCAGCAGAAGCGCAAGAGCGCCGUCGAAAUGUUGGCAGAAUCUAAGGCGUUCUACGUCAAGUCUGAGACUGUUCUAGAUCGAAAGCAGGAGCUGCCUCUUAGGGUAAGCAGCGGCUUGAGCCAAGCUAUCGCCGCCGGCGGCUGCCACCUGGUCAGCUCUAGUACGCUCAACAACGACUGCUGCAAUCCCUACGCCACGACUGGUCGCGCUACAAGUACGCGGAGAGCCGUCAGUGCGGGGGAAGGACUCCAGAGCACACUCAGAAGGCUGCUGGGACAUGCUGACAGUAGGGAGAAUAUGUAUCCUCCGCAUUAUACACCGCACAAAAUGUACGCAGAUCCCAGACGCCUGAAAGACUACCCCGUGGACAGGCCCCCCGGCACCCUGUCCGGCACCUCCUCGUCCGGCUCCGGGUCCAAACCCAACGACAAGAGACCCCUCAGCUUCGACGCUCGGGUGUUUUUCCCCGAAUCGUUUGUCAUACCGCGACAGCAGGUGCGAGUUAAGAGCACCUACUCUAUACCAAGCUCCGCAUCCAGCCCUGAGAACAUCGAGUUACCUGAGCCGGUGUUAAGCGCCGAAGGUUCACCUGCAGCCGAACCCAUUGACGCCAUAAGUCCCCCGGCGCAGUACGCUCAUUCUGCUCCUAGAUACAUCAGAUCGAAUUCGCACUCGCAACCGAGCAUGCGCGAAGAAGAUGGAUGCACGAACAUCAACAGUCACAAGUCAUUGCCGGACCUCCAUACACAGGCGAGGGGAUACCAUGAACAUGCGGUAAGCGGCACGGACACCACCGGCCGCUCGCCGCGCCGGCGCCGCCACUCCACGCACCAGAGGACUGCGUCCUGCUCUUCCAAAGGCACGAGGUCUAACCAUUCUUCGCUAAUGUCGAGCGAAGCAUUUUCGGAGCACCCCUCGCCCGGUGAAGAAAACUAUCAGUCUUACAAUAGCCGCUGCGGCUCCUCGUUCGCGCGCGACUCGGGCGGCUCGUCGGGGCACUACACGCAGCACAGCGCGCCCCCCGCGCCGCGCCCCGCCCCGCGCGACCCGCGCGACUCCGGCUGCUCCACCACCGAUCGCUACGGCGGUUACUACGGCUCCUGGGCGGGACUGGAAGAGUGCUACGUGUCCGCGCCGCCUCAGUUCCAAGACGGCGCGCCGUCGCCGCCGCACGCGCCGCCGCCGCCGCUAUAUCCUCCACGGGUGGGCAUACACUUCCAGGCAAGCGCGCCACCCCCUCAGUUCCAAGACGAACCUCCUCUGUACGACUAUAAUGAUUACGACUGCGCCACUUACAAACCACCUGCCAAGUGCCACGGGCGUAAGGAAUAUUCUUCAAGAGAGCCUCGAGAUUACAACAGGUAUCAUGAGAGUGGCGCUGAGCCCAUCAACAAACAACCGCAGUACGCGGAACGGCGCGCGCGCAUCGACGAUUCACAGGAAUAUGUUCAUACUAGCCAGAUGUGUCCGCCUGAGGAGGUAACGUCCCCGCUGGGAACAUUCAAGCGGCAGCGCUGCCUGCGGUACAAGCAGAGGCGUCCAAGACCUAUAUUACGCUCAAAAUCAGAUAUCUCCGAGAGGUACCGGCGCAGCGACGGGCGCAGCCCCGCGUCGGCGCCGUGCGAGGACGACUCCCCCGACAGCCCCUCCGAGGGCUCCGCGCUGCAGCAGUUCUUCGAGAGGCUUGGCUUAGAACCCCGACAAUAUGACGCGCUGCUGAGAGACGCUCUGCUUGAUAGUCCCGUGUUCUUUUCCUCCGCGUCUACUGUUGAUUCUAAUCAACUAGCGAAUGCUGCGGAUUAUACUGUCCAAGGCCCCGCAGUCCAAAAGCCGAUCUACCGCAACACCGAACCGCCAAGUGUGGUGGAAAGGAACGCGCGCAUCAUCAAAUGGUUGUGUCAGUGCCGCAAAACACAGAUGCAAACGCCGCAGUGAAGACGCGGCUUUAUCGCAGUGAGGACACAGCUUAACAAAUAUAGUUUGGUAAAACAAUUCGUCAGUAGAAAAAACGCGAAAUAAAUUGUAUGAGACGUCUACCCUUGACGCCUAUAUUUUUCAAAUUUACCUCCUUUGACCAAAUUGGUUUGCCAUACUAGAACACAGAUGCAGUCGCAGUGUAGACAUGGCAUAAUGGCAGUUAGCACGGCAGUGGCGACAUAGCUUAUCAGAUAAAACACAGACGUCGCAGUGGAGAUGGAGACACAGCUUAACAAUAUUUAAAUGCAGUCACAAUGAGGACCUAGUUUAAUGUAUUAACAGUGGCAGUGAUAGCAUAAAGCUUAAUAAUAAUAUUAAGUCAGUGGUGUAUUACUCAAAAGUUCGGGCGUGCUCAACAUUAGCCUUAUGGCCCGUUGGCUGUUAAAGCUGUUACGGACGGGCGUGCCCGUGACCUUGGUCCGGUCAGCCAGUUGCACCAACCACAGUUAACAGACUGAUCAACGUCACGCAACAGAGUUCUAUGAUGAAACUUCCCAUACAAUAAAAUUUUGUGAACGCUUUUACGGUGACAGACUGUUUGGUACAAUUGGUACAACCGACCCUUAUAGUUGUGUCUUUAACGGACGUACGGCGGACGUUCCACACGACCGAACAUGCCUCGGACCAAAGUCGCAGUUCGGUACGCCCGUCUGUUACAUGUUUUAAACUCAGCAUGUAGCGAUAAUUGGCCGUAGAGGCUUGAUCAAUAUGUGAAUCUAAAUGAAAUUACAUAUAUAUAAGCACAGUGUGCAGAGUGAUAUAUUAAAAUAUGCAGAGAGAAGUAGUCAGUAAUAAGAACGACUGAUUCUCAUUUAAAUUAAACAACUGUAUUCAUUAUUGAGACGAUAAAAAUAACGUUUGAAUAGCGUCAAUAGCGUAAGAGUCAUUUGUAAAUGAAAUAGUUAAUUUACUAAAUUAUCUCAAAAUUUUGAAUUUUAGUAAGUUAAUGUAAGAAGUCUAGCCUAAGAUAGAUAGAUCAUAAUAAAUGUGCCAUUUUCAACCAAAAGGGUACUUAUUGUCGCUUGUCAGUAAGGCGCUAUUUCCAUAUAUGUAGCUUCAAUUAGAAAUCAACCUUAUCGACAAGCGACAAUGUGGUACCUUUUGGUUGAAAACGACACAAAUGUCGGUAUAAUGGUGUGAUUCAGUUUUAAUGUGGUUUACUACCGAAGUGACAACAUCAUCAUCUUCCUUGCGUUAUUCCAUCUUUUUGCCACGGCUCAUGAGAGCCUGGGGUCCGCUUGGCAACUAAGCCCAAGAAUUGGCGUAUGCACUAGUUUUUACGAAGGCGACUGCCAUCUCACCUUCCAACUGAGAGAGUAAACUAGGCCUUAUUCGGAUUAGUCCGGUUUCCUCACGAUGUUUGAAUGCUGUUGGAAUGGUCGGAGCACCACAACGGUAAUCAUUCCCUGUAGUUUUAAUACUCAUUAGGCGCAUUGCCUCGGCCGAGGCACCUCUCCACCGGCCGAGUCGCUUCGCGCGGCAAUUUCCUCGCAAGGCGGCUCGUCCAGUGUGGACCCGCCUAUUAAUAUGGCGCGCGCUGAGUUUCAUCCACCCUAUUUUCAAGCGGCAACGUGGUAGGUUUAUAAUAUCAUGGAACAUAAGAAAAUUUAGGUGGUUCGAUCAUCUGAUUUUUUACGUUACGUGGUAUGAUACUGUUGAAAUGUAUCUAUCAUGCUGUCACCUCGGAAGUAACUGGACUUUCUUAAUAAUACCUGAAGUCUUCACUAAUAUUACAAAUAUAUUCUUUGUUCGUUUUUAAUGCCGAAAUUACUAAUUAUCAAAGUGUAUAAAAACUACAAUUUGAAUAAAUAAUCAUACAGAACAUCAUCCAUACAAAUAUGAGUAAAAAAAAGUUAUCGCGGAACAGAUUAUCAAAAACUACAAAACUGAAAUGCAUGGACGUGCCUCUUGCGAGUUGAAUGAAUGAACUUCGCUUUGUUUCGCUAGUUUGUUUGAUAAAACGUUUAUUUCCAAGCUAAGGAUAACAUUAAAUCAGUCCUGUAAUUAAUUGCUAACCGUAAUGUCCGCAAUGUAUAGAACGGUAACAGUGUAAAAAAAAACUUAGGCCUUGGAGGUAAAGUGCCUUAAAACCUUAAGUUAGCUCAUUCUACUUAAAGGAAACAUUCUUUUAUUUUUCCUUUAAGUAAAAUAAGCAAACAUAAGGUUUUAAGGCACUUUCCCUCCAGGGCCCAUCAAUUUUUCCACACUGUAUGUAAUUAUGUAUUUUAAUAUUUAUUUGAAAUCAAUUGAAAAUAGUUGGUACUUAGCAAAAAUUUCGGCGUUUAAAAUGAAUAAUUGUAAAUAAAAACGUAAUAUCGGAUAGUGUUUUUAAUCGCAUUAACUCAAGUUUGGAAAAAAGAUCAAAAAGUAUUUUUGUCUUUAACAACGUACAAGUCGCGAGCUUAGUGAAUGUGGUGUACAAUCUAAAUUGAGAUAGUGUGACUAUCUUACUUUAUUUAACUAUUUGGUCGAACCCAUUGAAAGC